UGCAUGCCGUAAUCACCCCCCUACCCACGGGCUGCAUGCCGCAAUCACCCCCCUACCCACGGGCUGCAUGCCGUAAUCACCCCCCUACCCACGGGCCAUGGUGGCCCAACUGCCAACCGCAGCUGACUUUGAUGGCCCCGGCACCAGGCAUGAACACCAACGACUUCAACUACGGCCAGACCAUCUUCCUCGCUUCCUUCUUGUCGGCAGAACUCCCCAGCGGCCUCAUCAGCAAAAAGAUCGGCGCCGACCGCUGGAUCCCGACCAUUAUGGUGGCCUGGUCCAUCGUGGCCGGCUCGCAGGCGUUCCUCUCUAACAAGGCCGGCUUCUACGCCAUCAAGGCCCUGCUGGGCCUCCUCAUGGGAGGAUUCAUCCCCGACAUUGUGCUGUGGCUGACCUACUUUUACAAGUCCAGAGAGCUGCCCACGCGCCUCGCGUGGUUCUGGACCGCGCUCAGCACCGUCAACAUUGUGGGAUCGCUGCUCGCCGCCGGCAUCCUCCAGAUGAGAGGCGUCCGCGGCUGGGGCGGGUGGCGGUGGCUGUUCCUCAUCGAGGGCAUCGUCACGCUCCUCGUUGGCAUCUUCUCGUGGGGCCUCAUGCCUCCCGGGCCGUGCCAGACCAGGAACUGGUUCCGCGGCAAGGACGGCUGGUUCAGCGACCGCGAGGAGUCCAUCAUGGUCAACCGCCUCCUCCGCGACGACCCCAGCAAGGGUGACAUGAACAACAGGCAGGCUGUGGGGCCCGUCAGGCUGUGGAAGGCGCUGAACGACUGGGAGAUGUGGCCGCUCUAUCUGAUCGGCCUGACCGCCUACAUCCCCCCCGUGCCUCCGGGCACCUACCUGUCCUACAUUCUCCGGAACCUCGGCUUCAGCGUUUUCCACGCCAACCUGCUGGCUAUUCCGUCGCAGUUCCUGUUCGCUGUCAACCUCAUCAUCCUCACGUGGGUCUCCAAGAAGCUGGGCGAGCGGUCGAUUGUGUCGUCCUUGUCCAACAUCUGGAUCCUGCCUUGGGUGGCCGCUCUGGUCGCCCUGCCAGCCGCGGCUUCGCCUUGGGUCCGCUAUGCCAUGCUGACGGGCCUGCUGUCGUACCCGUACUGCCACGCCAUCCUGGUCGCCUGGAACGCCCGGAACAGCAACACGGUGCGCACCCGUGCCGUUUCUGCAGCCCUCUACAACAUGACGGUGCAGAGCGGCAACAUCAUCGGUGCCAACAUCUACCGCGACGACGACCAGCCGCUCUACAUUCGGGGUAACAAGAUCUUGUUGGGGAUUACGUGCUUCAACAUUGUCCUGUUCUACAUUGUGAAGGCUUUCUACAUCUGGCGCAACAAGCUGCGCGACCAGAAGUGGAGCGCAAUGACACAGCAGGAGCGAGAAGACUAUGUGCUCAACACGACCGACGAGGGUCCGAAGCGGUUGGAUUUCCGCUUCGCUCACUGAGAGCCGCGUCCUGGGCCAUGUCCUGCAGACGAGGGUUGGCCGUAAUUAUCUCGAUUCACUUGGUAAACAACCUGAACAAGAGAGGGAAAGUUAAAGAUGAGUGCAGAUAUCUACGUGCAGUACUUAUCUACGUGCAGUACUUAUCUACGUGCACGUACUU